CGUGCCCACCUCUGGGACUGGUGACUCUCUUCCUCUUUCUGUCAGAGGAGGAGGAGGAGGCAACCACUGCUACUUCCUCACUCUGUAUGAAACUAUUAUUUCUGGUAGCCGGAUUCUGUACUAGCUUUGGGAGUGGACUCAAGGCUUCGUCACAUGCCCUGUCAGUUGAUGCCCAGCCAUGAUGAAAGCGGGCGCCACCAAAGUGGGUCUGCCCAAACCCGGGCACGAGCGGACCAGGACUACCACUGUGACCUCCCCCACCUCCUCUGCAAUGAAGACCACCAGGUCCAACCUGCUGGCACCAGACCACCGCCUUAGUAGGCUAAAAAGAGCUAAUAGUGAUGAUGCCCUGACCAAGCCCGCCCUUACCAGUGCUUCAGGGUCUCGACUGAAAAAGACUGUGACGACUGGAGCCAUCUCAGACCUGCCUGAAGCACGGCCACGCAGCUCUGCAGGUUCUCAAACAAAGAGGUCUGGGAUCCCAGGCCCUAAAGAGAUCUCAUCCUCAGUAUCUCGGGACCGUGUGUCUAAAGACCAGCCCAGGAGCUCCACCAACAAGAGGAUGGUGUCCAGUGCCAGCACGUCCAGCCUGUCCACUCUGGCAAAGCAAACCCGGAACAGCACUAAGUCCCGCGGAGACCCAGAGGGCCCAGAUAAAGGACUGUUGGAGAACCAGGUGAAAGAGCUGCUGGCUGAAGCCAAAGCAAAAGAUCUGGAGAUCAGUAAUCUGAGAGCAGAGCUGCAGCGCUGUAAAAUCAAAGUGGCCUCCUCCUCCUGCCCCUCCUCUCCCACCUCCCAUAACACAGAGCGACAGGAGGCACCUGCCGACAGGGAACAGGAACAGGUGACUGAAGCACUGGUGCUGGUCGCGGAGCUAAGGGAGAAGAACUCCCGAUUUCAGAGAGAGCUGGCAGCACUUCGAGAGGAGAACCAGUUACUCAAAGAAAAACUCAUAUGUUUGGAGAGCUCUGUGUCACCCACAGCAAACUCAAGUAGUCCCACUAAAAUCCUGGUGAACGGGCUUCCUUCAGACUCCUCUGUUUCCACUCUGUCCUCUCCCAGCCCAGUCAAAACCUCUCCCUCCUCGGACACGGCUAAAGACUCGCCCUCACCGGACUCCUCAGAGUUUGAGAAGAUCCCAUCGCGCUCCGAAUCCAUGAGCAGUGGAGUAAGUACAGAUGCAGUCAGUUCAGGGCCCAGCACAGUGCAGCAGGACAGGUCCUUACAAAGCCUCACAGAGCAGAUCCACAAGAUGGAAGAGAGCCACCACAGCACAGCCGAGGAACUGCAGGCAACUCUGCAGGAGCUGUCGGAUCAGCAGCAGAUGGUCCAGGAGCUGACAGCGGAGAAUGAGCGCCUAAGUGAGGAGAAGAGGCUGCUCCAGACGUCCCUGCAGCAACAGAGAGAGCGCGUAGAGGUCCUGGUGCAGAAGAAUGAAGCUCUGGUCCAGGCGCAGAGAGAGGAUGGGAGUCAGGGCACACGUUUGUCCGAGCUGGAGCAGAGGUACAAGGAGCUGGUGGAGAGCUCCAGGUUUGAGAGGGAGAAGCUGGUAGAUAUCCAGCAGCAGCUCACGGGCAGUCUACGCGCUCUGGAGCAGGAGCACCAGGAGGCCCAGGCCCAGGCCUUCUGCCUCAGAGAGGAGCUGGAGCGAGUUCAAGCGCACACGCACCGAGAGCUGCAGGCGGCAGAGCAGGCUGUACAGGUAGCAGAGGAGCACAGAGUUACAGCAGAGGCUCUGAGACUGGACAACAGCAGACUAAAAGCCCAGGUCGACAUCGAGAGGCAGAAGGUGACAGAGCUCAAAGCUCUGCAGGGCACCAGUGACAGCAGCGAGCUCCAGAAUCUCCUGAAGACAGCCCACUGUGAGCGAGAGCAGUUGGAGCACGAGAUGAGUGAGAGGAGACAGCAACUACUGCAGGCCCAGGCAGAGGCUGAGCACGCACAGGCUGCUCUGGCGAAGGUGGAGUCCAAAUGCCAGCAGAUUCAGGAGCGGGCGGAGCAGAGGGAGCAGGAGCUCCUGAGCCAAGUGGCUGUUCUGGAGGAGGCUGGGCUCCAGGCGGAGAACCAGGUGAAGGAGCUGAAGGAGACCAUCUUUGAGCUGGAGGACCAGGUGGAGCAGCAAAGAGCUGUGGGACUGCACACCAACCAGACUGUGCUGGAUAUGGAGAAUCUUGUCAAGAAGUUGGAGGAACAAAAGGCUGAUUCAGAGCGACAGAUGAAGGCUUUAUCUCGACAGAUCAAGGACGAGAAGGAGGAGUGGCGUCGUUUCCAGGCAGACCUCCAGACUGCGGUGGUCGUGGCCAAUGACAUUAAAGUUGAGGCCCAACAGGAGCUGAGGGCUCUGAGGCGACAGCUGCAGGAGGAGCAGGAACGUAACACCAAACUCACGGAGGACCUGGAGGCGCUGCGGGGGGUCAGGUCCCAGGGCGACGAGGCCGGAGCAGCCGAGUCGGACAACAAGCGUCAUUGGUGUGGCAUUUCGGUGAUGCAGGCCACGCCCACAACUGGCGACCCCAGCCGAGAGCCCCCAGCCGACACUGAGCCCGGAGCUACCGUCAAAUCCCUCAUUAAGUCCUUUGACACAGUGGGACAAAAUGGUCCCAGUCACACAUUGCAGAUGCCCUCAUCACAAAGAAGUCCUCUGAGUGCAAUCCCUGUCCGCUCUGCUCCUGCCGCUGCCAUCUCCCCAAUGCAGAGGCAUUCAUACAUAAAACCACUGUCAAAAACCUUGGAAAAGCGGAUCAACCUUGGGGAAUUUUCUCAUCACCAUGGAGAUAAGCUGUCCGGUUGUGAAGACUUGAAGCCUGGAAGUCUGAUGAGAAAAAGCCCCUCUCUGGAAUCUGUGAUCAAAACCCCGGCCACUCUGAGCAGUCGAGCUUCCUCCUUUAGCUAUCACCGUGGCAACAGCAAACUCAGUGUGGAAAGAAAGGACCCUUUGGCUGCACUGGCGCGGGAGUACGGAGGAUCUAAGAGGAACGCGCUACUGAAGUGGUGCCAGAAGAAAACACAAGGCUAUCCGAAUAUUGAUGUAACAAACUUCAGCAGCAGUUGGAGCGAUGGUCUGGCGUUCUGCGCUCUGCUCCACACGUACCUCCCGGCUCACAUCCCGUACCAAGAACUCAUCAGCCAAGAUAAGGUCCGAAAUCUGACCCUUGCGUUCCAGGCGGCAGAGAGCAUCGGCAUCAAACCCUCCCUGGACAUAGAAGAGCUGAUGAGAACAGACCGGCCCGACUGGCAGAGUGUGAUGCAGUACGUUUCUCAGAUAUACAAAUACUUCGAGACCUGACGCAAUGCAGAGACCCCUGUCCUUCCUGUCCUGUGUGUCAGUGCGACCUCUGACCACAGCCACACGUCCUGUUUAAUCCAUCUGACCAUGGACAACACCUGAAGAAAGAACCACCACAACUGCCAUAAAGACUUAUAAAUAGAGAUGCACAAUCAAAAAAAGUAUGAAAUGUGAAAAAUAUAAAACUUGGUCAGAUCAUUUUCAAAUGUCUAUGUUAAAGGUGCACUGUGUAACUUUUUUGGCGAGGGUCCUGUUUUGUCUCCAUGGAGAUGUUAAUGCUUUGGUUUAAAUUGUCCACAGUAUGGAAUUAAACCCAUCUGUCUUGCGUUUAUUUAACUAUGGGUGUUAUUUAUUGCUCAAAAAUAUCUUAAAAAACCUAAACUCUGACUGUGAGUGGGGUCGCCUCUCCACAAAUCCAACCUGUAAUUGGACUUGCAAGUCUCCAUGGAGAUUCAGAAGUUUAUGGCCAUACUGUGGAAUAAUCCAUGGAGCAGGUGAAGGACCCUCCACCAGACAAGUUACACAGUGCACCUUUAACUUGGGACCGCAUACAGCAAUAUGCUUUGGGCAGGCUAGGCAGGUGGUCUUUCAGGGCCAAAAAUAGCUCUCUUCAAGCAGCUAGUUUUAAUUGGGGAAGCCUGUUGUCUGUGUCCUGCCAAACAUUUAAUCAAAUCCAUUUUUGUGUCAAAGAUCAAACACAAAUGUUUGUUGGUCCUUGUGCCAAAUCUUGUUCAAACACAACUAUCUAUGCAUGGUUCAUGGUAAACCUGUCCAGUCUGAGUGACUCUACAUAUGUGUGGUCAAAUGUCAGUUUAUGACCAACAUUGACCUACAUUCUUGUAAAUAUUGAUUUUCAGUUUGUACUUUGCAGAGCAGAGAGUAUUUUCACAGGUUUGAGUUGAUCUGAAGCCUUUGAGUUUUUUCAGUGUUGUCAGAGAGAGAUAAAAAAAAAAAGAAGCUUUAUCUAAUGUUAAAUUAACUUUACAGAAGCAUUUUAUGAAACAGACAGGUAUUUUUAUUUUACAUAAUCACAACAUGUGCAAUGAGCUACAACAGCUGCCUGCAAUAGACAUACAUUUAUAUGACUGUUACAUAAGUUAAAACACAUGCCAUGUUGGGCACAUAGAAGUGUUCUUGUUUUUACAUUUUGGAGUUAGACUUAAUAUAUUUACAU